CCUUUGUCUCCCCUUCUUCACUUGCUCUACUAUGCUCUAAGAUCUCUCUCUCUUUCUUUUUCAAUAUUUUUUCUUCUGUAUUUGAAAAAAAAGAAGAAAAAUGAAUAUUUCUCAAAACCCUAGCCCUAAUUUCCCGUUCUUUUCCGAUGAAAACUUUAUUAAUCCUUUCAUGGAUAAUUUCGAUUUCACCGAUUUGAUUUUCGAUGCUGGUGAAGGAGGCAACAGUGGAUUCAUCCAGGAGGAAACUUCAUCUCCGAUAAGCAUCGUUUCGUCGGAGACAUUUACCGGCGAAAGCGGUGGAUCCGGCAGCGGAAUAACAACGACGUUAAGUAAAAGGGAAUCUAGUUUCGAUUGCAAAAGUAGAGGAAGUAAAGACGGUGAGACGAAGGAGACGGGUCGUAGAGUUGCAUUUAGAACGAGAUCAAAGAUUGAUGUGAUGGACGAUGGUUAUAAAUGGAGGAAGUAUGGGAAGAAAUCUGUGAAGAACAACACAAACAAGAGGAAUUACUACAAAUGCUCAAAUGAAGGUUGCACGGUGAAGAAGAGAGUAGAGAGAGAUGGUGAAGAUGCAGCUUAUGUGAUUACAACCUAUGAAGGAGUGCAUAACCACGAGAGUCCGUCACAUGUCUAUUACAGUGACAUGGUUUUGUCACAUGAUCAUGACAAUUGGAACCAACACUCUCUUCUUCAAGCUAUCCAACAAAUAUCUCCUCCAUAUUGAGAUUAUAUAUUAGAUACCUACCAUCAUCAUAAUCUCAAUGUAUUAUUGCCUUGUGUAAUAAUAAAAAAGAAAUUAGUUAUUUCUGCUUAUAACUGUAUUGAUAAUGUAAAUGGUCAUGAAACCUUUUGUAGUUUAUCUAGAUAUUAAAAUAUCAAUGUAUAUAUAAUUCACUAUAUGCAGUGUUGUGCUUAGUUAUAUAAAAUGUAUCGAAUGUUUCUUUU